UUUUUUUUUUUCUUUUCUUUCUUUUCCAUUUCAGUUUUUGGUGUACAAUGACUGAUAACCAAGAUGAUGCUGCCGUAGUUCCUAAUGUCACUGAAAGAACACGGUUACUUGACUCUACUACUACUACUACUUCUUAUACUACUCAAGUUCAAGUGGAAGAAGGGAGAUCUCAACAACAAGUGGUUGACAUGACCAUGGAACAUGAUCCUACUGUACCUUUGGAUGAAUUGACUGACCAUAUUCAACACUUAUUAGUGUUUGGUAAACACCGUGGGAAUGGUAAACUCUCUCAAUCAAGUAGCUCUAGUAAUGGUUCCGGUCAAGUUAUUAUGGGUGAACAAGAAGUUGAUAUUGUCCAAGAAGAAGGUCAACGUGAUAUCUCCUCUCGAAAAUCAAAAAAGAGAGAUUUGAUUACUGGUGCUUUACGAUUUGCUACUGAUCAAUGGAUGGAAAAUCAAGGUAUUAAUAAUCAAGUUAUUCAUGAAUCUAUUCAACAAGGUCCUUCCACUUCUACUUCCAAUCAAUUACCUCCUCUUCCAUUGGUUUCACAUGAAGAAUCUGCCAAAGGUGUUUGGGAUGUUGCCAAAAAUGCUUCUGUCUGUGCUGUCCUUGGUUUACUUAGUGAACGUCGUCAAGGUAAAAUUUCCCUUACUUCUGAUGCUGAUGCUACCCUACAAAGAUUGGCUUUAUCUACUUUGGAACAUGGUGUCAAACAAACUUCUGCAUCUGAUAUGAUACGUCAAGAAAUGUUAUUUAAACCUUGGCUUGGUGAUAAAUCAGCUAUUCAGUGGGCAAUUGAAAAUGAUUCUUCUGUCUUUUUGAAUGAUGAAAACGUUCAAACUGUCAUAAAGGAAUCAUGGUGGUAUGGUGACAUUGACUGGAAAACAAAUCCAAAUCAUCCGUUUCAAGCAUGGAAUACCUCCUCUUAUCAAGAAAAUCGUACUACUGUUACCAGACAAGGUUGGAAGGCAGUAUUUACAAAACAAUUUAUUGCAAGUUACCUUGCUCGAUGGGCUUCUCCAAGAUACCAAUGUUUGAUUGCUUUUUUCACCGCUGUUGUAUACCUUAGCUUCCAUUUGGCCACUCUUUCCAAUGUGGAAUAUAUGGAAGAUCAUUUGAAACCAUAUGAAUACUUUUACUAUGUAUUGGUGAUAUCUGACCUUGUGCUUGAAUUAGGAAGAUUCAUUACUAGUCCCCGCAAGGCAUUACAAAAACCUUCUACAUAUCUGACCUUACCUACUGCUAUUCUACUUACUGCUGCCUUUGUAUUCCGUAUCUUGGCCUUUUUUGCUACUGAUUUACAACCCAAAUACCAUGGUUUUUACUUUUCAUUUGUUUUACUUGCUAUUGCUACCCCUUUGAUGGUUUUCCGUUUAUUCCUUUGGGUAGAUGAUCUUUGGUGGCCUGUUUAUAAGAUCAAUUAUGUAGUAGGUCGUUGUUUAGUACAAAGCUUAUGGGUAUUCCUUAUUGGUUUGGUUAGCUUGAUUGGAUUCUGGUUAGGUUUAUCUGCUUUACAACGUGAUGAUAUUGGUCCUUGGUUGAUGCUUCGACAUUUGAUUUUGGGUGCAUUACAUUCUCCGGAAAUUGGUGAAACUUUAUAUUAUCAACCUCAAGCAGCUAGUAUUUUGUUGGUGGCAUACUUAUUUGUGAUGGUUGUCUUCUUGGGUGCAUUAUUGACGGCAUCCUUUUUAUCGACAAUUCUAACAUUGAUGAAACCUGAAUCUAGUUUUAAUCGAUUAAAACAACGUAUGGAAGCGGAACGAUGCUCUCGACGUCCCAAUUAUGGUGUGUAUAUUCCGAAUGUUGCUGUGGAAUUGAUUGUUGGUUCUAUUGUUUGGAUUGUCAAGAAGAUCAGUCCAGGUACCAAAUUGACUUGGUUGGAACGCUUACGUCAAAUCAUUUGGUUUAUUAUCUUUUUACCUAUUCUUAUAUUGAUUGGAUUAUUUGAUUUGGUUGUGUACUUAUUCUCUUUGAGAAACUAGUGGAAAUAAAAUGAUAUUUAGGAUGAUUUGUCCUUUGACAUUUUUUA